GGGCAGCUCCAGCCCUGCAGGCUCCAGGUCCCUGCCCUGGGCAGCUCGGUGGGUUCGGGUCCCUCGCUGUCCCCUCGCUGUCCCCAGGCCAGGACCCUCAGCUCCCUCCCCCAGCAGCCAGAGGAGAUCCAGGGUGUCAGUUCCAGGUGGGAAUUUGUGGGAUUUUUCCAUGUUUGGUCUCUCACGGUGAUUCCCCUCCAGGCUUGUUGUGUCUGAGCCUGAGUGGGGCUGGUGGGAAUGUCCCCAAGCUGUGGCAGGACCUUGUCCCUCCCUGUGACUUCUGGGGUGUCAGAGGAGCACCCCAUGCUGGAAUUCCUUGGUUUUCCGUGGGAUUUGUGGGGCAGGAAGGGCCCUGAUCCCCCAGCAUGGGCCGGAGCAGAGCAGGGGUGACCUGGGGGGAUAAAAUGAAUUUUCCAGUGCUGGCACUGAGCUGGGUGGCUCCAGCUGGCCUUGGGGCUGUGACAUCGAGGGGUGACUGGUGGCAUCUCUGCUGUGAUGGCCAGGAAGGGGCUGGGGGACCUGGGGGUGCCUGGCUGGGGCAGGACCGGCACUGGCGGGGGCCGCUGGUUUUGGGGCCGCUGGUUUUGGGGCCGCUGGUUUUUGGGGCCCUGUGGAGCAGGACUUUGAUGGUUUGAUGUGCCGGAGGCUGAUGGCUUUAAGAGAGAAGCGUUGGACGCCGUGAUUGAGUUUAAAAAGGGAUUUUUGGGAGGAAGAAGAGCUGGCUCCGGGUCUGCCCCAGCUCCGGGCAGCGCCUUUGGGAGCAGCGCUGGAUUCCCAUCCCCACGCCGGAGCCCCGGCCCGUGCUGGAGCCCGAGCGGGCGCUCCGGAGAUGCGGGACAGACGGCGGAGGCCCUGAAAGGGUUAAGGGGUGCCGGGGCUGCAGGAUCCCACCCAGCCGGGAGUGCCGCGGUGCUGAUUGAGCUCGGGGCCCAUCAAAGGCGGCGAUCAGGGCCCCAGCCCCGGGCCGGCUGCUCUCUGUCUGGGCGAGCGCAGCGGGAUGUGGCUCCUCCGCAGCCUGGCCUGGGCGCUGCUGAGCGCCGUGCUGGGCUCCGGGCUGGGCUCCGGGCUGGGCUCCGGGCUGAGCCCCGGGCUGAGCCCCAGGCCGGGCCCCGGGCUGAGCCCGCCGGAGCGCUCCCUGCUGCGGGCGCUGGGGCUCAGCGCCCGGCCCAGCCCCAAGCGCCCCGCGCCGGUGCCGCCCGUGCUCUGGAGGAUCUUCCACAAGAGCAGGGCGCUGCCCUGGCCCGGCGAGCCGGACUCCUGCCGGGUGGAGGAGUUCAAUGUCCCCGGGAACAUCGUCCGAGUCUUCGCCGACCAAGGCCGCUUCCUGCCCGCGGGGCAGCCCCAGGGCUGGCUGUGCCUGCGGAAGCUCCUGUUCUUCAACCUCUCGGCGCUGCAGGAGGGCGAGCGCCUGACCAUGGCCCAGCUGGAGCUGCAGUUCCAGCACAACUCCUACCAGGGCCCGAGCCCGGGGCAGGUUCUGGAGCUGCGGCUGUACGCGGGGUCCCCCCGGGGGCAGCCCCGGCGCGGCCGGCGGCCGCUGCUGGAGCGCUCGCUGCUGCAGCUGCGCAAGUCCCUGGUGUUCGACCUGAGCGCGGCGCUGCGGGACGGGCGGCUGCCGGCGCGGGGUUUGUCCUUCGUGCUGGAGAUGUCGCUGAGCGGCCCCGCCGGGAGCCCGCGGAGCGCCUGCGGCAGCGCCGCCGCCUUCGCGGCCACCUCGCUGCUGCUGGUGACGCUGGGCCCGCAGUGCGGGGCUGCCCGCCGCAGGAGGAGCGCCCCCGGGCCCGCGCUGACCCCCAGCCCCCUGUGCAAGCCCCGCCGGCUCUUCAUCAGCUUCAGCGACGUGGGCUGGGAGAACUGGAUCAUCGCCCCGCAGGGCUACCUGGCCAACUACUGCCGCGGGGACUGCCCCUUCCCGCUGGCCGCCGAGCUGAACAGCACCAACCACGCCGUGCUGCAGACCAUGGUGCACUCGCUGGACCCGCGCGGCACGCCGCAGCCCUGCUGCGUGCCCGUCAGGCUCUCCCCCAUCUCCAUCCUCUACUACGACAACAGCGACAACGUGGUGCUGCGGCACUACGAGGACAUGGUGGUGGACGAGUGCGGCUGCAGGUAGCGGGAGGGAGCGACGGACAGAGGGAACGACGGACAGAGGGGGGAAUGAUGGAUAAAGGGGGGAAUGAUGGAUAAAGGGGGGAAUUAUGGAUAACGGGGGAACGACGGACAGAGGGGGGAAUAAUGGACAGAGGGGGAAUGAUGGACAAAGAGGGGAACGAUGGACAAAGAGGGGAAUGAUGGAUAAAGGGGGGAAUGAUGGACAGAGGGGGGACCAAACCCCGCUGGGAAAGCCCCGCUGUGCUCAGGGCUGCCCUCUGGCACUAAGGGGUGCUGCUGGUUCAGGAUUAGCUGCGAGGGGGCUGUGGGGUUAUGACCAAGCCUGGCGCUGGCCCCUCCUCGGCAGGGGGUGCUGGCACCGCGCUGUGAAUCCCACGUUCCCAACUUGCAGCUUUUUGGGGUUUUUGGCUGAACUCUGCAGAUUUCUCAGGGCAUAAAUGACUUUUCUGGGUGGAUCGGGGCUGGGGGUUGCCUGGGGUGGGGUCCAGCUGCAGGGACAGGGCUGGAGCGAGCAAAUCCCUUGGCAGGGGAGGCAGAGGCAGGCAGGAGCUCUCUCUGUGCUGUUUGCAGGGUGUGGGUGGUGAUGGGGUGGUUUGGGGACGGGGCUUCAGUUGGGUGCCCAAAUGCAGUGGAGGUUUUGCCUAAAAAAUUGUUUUCCCUAAAAAAAUGGUGAAUUAAAAAAAAAAGGAGAUUUUAUCUAAGAAAUCCUCUGGGAGCUGCAUCCAGGGGCAGGACCCUGCAGGGAACAUGGCUGAGGGAACCCAGGCUGUGCUGGGUCAGUGGCUCUCCCCUCCCAGCCUGCUGUGAGUCAGUAUUAAUUUAUUAAUUUACCUCAUUUGCAAACAGAUGAGCCCAGGCUGUCCCCGAGUGUCCCAGGGCAGGAGCCAGCCGAGCCUGGGGCAAGGGCAGAGCUCAGAGCUCUGCACAUUUUGCUUUUCCAGGCUGUUUUGGGUGCAUUUGUUGGGUUUUGUGGCAGCUGGCAGCCCCGGGCCCUUUGUGGUGUCACUGAGGGGCAGCAGGGACCCGAAUUUGGGCCUUUUCCCAUCCCCGAGCUCUGCUCUGCCCUUCACUGCAGGGGCUGAGCCGAGCCCAGCUGAGCUGGACCCGAGUGUGGAACCACCAGAGCCAGGCUUUGGGAUUUUCUGGAACCACCAGAGCCAGGCUUUGGGGAUUUUGGGGACACCGAAAAGGAAUCCCAGUUAGACUUGAAUUUUUUUUCUCUUUAUUUCUGAACUGUGAAGCCGUGGUGCAGCUUUGGGUUUUUUGCUGUUUCCUCCUUGGGCUCUGAUGUUUUCUCACCUCCUCCCCCCAGGGGAAGCUCCGAGGGUUUCACCACUGGGGGUGCCUUGGGGUGUUUUUUUUUUUGUUUUCACACCCAAAAUGUGGAGCUGCAGACCCAGCCUGGAGCAGCUUUAGCUGGGUUCCCAUUCCCAAACCCACCCCGCCCUGCUCUGCUCCAUUUCAGUGUUCAAAGGGCUCAACUCCAGCAGGAGCCAUUUCAUUCUGAUUUUAGACGGGCAGAGCAAGAAAACCUUGAAGCAUUCCUGGGUUUGUGGCCACGGGGGGGAGUGACAGCCAGGACAGGACCCGGGCUCAGCCUGGCCUGAGUCUGAGCCCAGGGUGGUGCCAAGGCCAGGCCUAAACCCCCAGAGCCAGCUCUGAGCCCCCAGCCCCGAGCCUGGCAGGGCAAAGCCAUUUCUGUGUUUCCUCCAGGCUGGGAGCUCUUCCCA